AUGCAAGCGCGUAAGGAUGAGAUUCUAGCCAAAAAGGCAAAGCUUGCAGAACUCAAGCGUCAACGAGAACUGCGCCAGAAAGAGUUCAACCAGAACCGAGCCAGUAUUGGCGAUGCCUCAGAUAUAGUAUCACCCGUCCCGAGUCGCGCAGAUAGCAGAGCAGAGCUCGACAGCCUCAUAUCCCGCCUCGUCGAUCGCCCUUCAUCAUCCUCAUACAAGGACGGAGAUGGCCCCUCACGGAGAGGCAGCCGACCCAACUCGGUGUUGAGCGCAAGCCAACUAAGCGGCGAAAAUGCAGAGGUAUUCUCACCACCCCCAGUCCGGAUGGUAUCACAAUCCGUUGCGACGCAGACCGAAGCAACAGAGCCUUUUGUGUCGGAACCCGCGCCUGCCCCUGAACCGAAAAAGGAGACAGUCACAUAUAGUAAAGCGGUGCAAACAGAUGAUCUUUCAGACUUACCGAGCACAAUAGCCGAUGGUCCACUCGCAGAAAACGAGGAGGCACCAUCUUCGCCGUCGAGUAAGAGAUUGAGUCGGAGAAUACGGGAGCGAGAUGAAGAAAUUCGUGAGAGAAUCCGCAAGGAAAUCGAGGAAGAGCUUAUAGCAUCUCAACAGGUCAAUGGCAUUGGCAUUGCGGCAUCUUCGAGUCAGCUCAGAUACCCUCUUCGCACAUUGAACGACGAUGAGCUCAAUGCAGUCACUUCGUCAGACGACUUCUUAGACUUUGUGGAGAAAUCGAGCAAAGUCAUUGAACGUGCGCUGGAUGAAGAGUACGAUAUUCUUGCGGACUAUGCACUCGGCGGCGUGAACGCAGAACAAGAAGAAGACGGUGAAUAUGAGAAUAAACGGAGAGGUAUAAAAGAGAUCACACAAUUCUACGACGAGCGAUGGAGCAAGAAGCGAACAAUCAGCGAUUUAAGUUUCUCACCCAAGUUCCCAGAGUUAAUCCUUGCUGCAUACACCAAGAAUCCAACUGCACCUCAUGAACCUGAUGGUUUACUUCAAGUCUGGAAUCAACAUCUUCAUUCUCGUCCCGAAUACGUUUUUCAUUCUACAUCAGAUAUUCUUGCCGCAAAAUUCUCACCAUUUCACCCUAAUUUGAUCGUCGGCGGCACAUAUUCCGGACAAGUCCUGCUAUGGGAUACACGAUCUAGCCGUGCUGGUGGCGGCGCACCAGUCCAGAAGACUCCUCUCACAGGCGCAGGACAUACACAUCCAGUUUAUAGCAUCGCCAUAAUUGGCACACAAAACGCUCACAACAUUUUAACCGCCUCCACUGACGGCGUCGUCUGCGGCUGGACAGUAGACAUGCUCUCCCAACCUCAAGAAUACCUCGAACUCACUACUCCUCCACCCUCACGAACGGAAGAUCUAGCUCCAACAACAAUGUCCUUCCCUCAAUCUGAUCCAACUUUCUUCCUCGUCGGCACCGAAGAAGGCGGCAUAUACCCAUGCCAUCGCUACGACCGCGCAGGCGCAAAAGCAGGUACCGACCAACGUCUCGCCUAUCGCGGUCAUGCCGCACCCAUAAUGUCAACAGCGUUCCAUCCAGCGCGCGGACCGGUCGACUUCGGCGAUCUCAUGCUUAGUUCCAGUCUAGACUGGAGUGUAAAACUCUGGCGCGUCAGACCACCAGCUACAACAGCCGCAUCCGCUACGGCCGGAGGAUUAGCAUCACAACCUCAAGUGAUCUCCCCCUUGCUAGACAUCAACCGUGAAGAUGUCGUAUACGACGCUAAAUGGUCCCCGCAUCGCCCCGGCGUGUUUGGUUUGGUCGAUGGAGCCGGCAACGUCGAGAUAUGGGAUUUGUACCAUGACACUGAAGUACCCGCCGUCAGGACUCAGCCGACUCCCGGCCGGGGAGGGGUGUUGACUAGAAGCCUGAAUAAGAUUGCAUGGGAAGAACGAGAGGGGAGAAGAGUUGCAACGGGUGGUCUUGACGGGGUUGUUACAGUGUUUGAAGUCGGAAAGGCGCUGAGUGGACCUGUGGAAGAGGUGCCGGCUGAUGAAUGGGCGGGUAUGAAGAGGUUAGUGAGUAAAUUGGAACAGACUGAUCGGGGGAUCUGA